AUGCGUGUAAUUAAGUGUGUAAAGACAUCAGAAGUCGUGUUACUCUUAUUGUUCUCGCUGUCAAUCAUCCAGGAUGGAUCGUGCAUCAAGUGGCUGGCCUUAGGUAAGACAUCCGACGGACGAGUUUGGACCCGUGAAUUGUGUACGAGCGCAAGAAGCUCAGGAUUGUUGGAGAGAAAACAAGCGCGAGCAUGUCGCGCUGCCCCAGAUGUGAUGCCGAGCCUUAUACAAGCGGCAAGAGACACAUCUUUUGUCUGCCAGCAGGCUUUCCGAAAUCGUCGAUGGAACUGCAGUAGCAUUGAACGGGCGCCUUACUACACGCCAGAGCUGCUCUCAGGAACCCGAGAGCAAGCAUUUGUCUACGCGAUGUCAGCAGCCGCGGCUGUCUGGAGACUGGCACGUGGUUGUGCUCUGGGAAAUUUGGCGGCUUGUUCUUGCGCGACACCACCUCGUAGAGAACCACCGUCACCCUCGGCACUAAUUUCCUCGAGCUCGUUCAUCUCCAGGUCUGCGUCUUUCGACGCAAUGUCCGCGAGAAAUUCAUUCAAAUGGGGCGGGUGCGGGGACGACGUGAGAUCAGCUUCACGUAUGGCCAAAAGGUUUCUCCAAGGUUCCAGUCCAACUGGUUCUGGCUCCACCAGCAAGUUUUUGCACGCUGUCAAUAUGCACAACAAUCGCGCCGGUCGAAGGGCAGUAGAGCAAUCGUUAACGCUGGAGUGCAAGUGUCACGGUGUAUCAGGAUCAUGCAGUGUAAGAACCUGCUGGAGAGGACUGGACUCAAAAGGACCAGCAGCUGCUGGCGUACGGCUCUUCCGCAAGUAUGCCACCGCCGCAGAAGUAAGACCAAAGUCGGGGAGUCGUCUGCCGCCGCUGUAUCAUCAUGAUAAUUUGCUGUACACGACCAAAAGUCCGGACUACUGUCUACCAGACAAGAAAAGAGGCAGUCUAGGCACUGUUGGAAGACAAUGCAAUGGCAGCAGCGCUGGAUACGAAGGCUGUGAAUAUCUCUGCUGCGGUCGCGGGCAUGUCACCAAGACACGCGAAAUCCUCGAGAGAUGCGAAUGCAAAUACAUAAGCUGCUGCUACAGUGUAAAGUGCAAAACCUGUAAAAAUAUUAUCACCACUUACGAGUGCAAUUAA